AUAAAUUAAAAAGCAUGCCGUCCUUUUGCUGUUUUGAGUUCACCUGCUCAGCGGAUCAUUGCAAGUGUGGCAAGGACUGGAAAUAUAAAAUCGUGCAUAGAGUAGUAUCUGUAGGAAAUCUGAUUAUGAAUAUCUACUCUAUUCUCUCCACCACAUGGCUGGUUACAGUAAAUGACACCAUAACACAAGGAUUAUCUAAUUACUGUGGAGCUGGGAACGAAGUCAACUGUACAGUAACCGGAGAAAAUUGCAUAGUUUGCGUGGAUCUUGGAAAAAAUAAUGAAUGCAAAGAGCUAGAACCAGAAGUUGAUGAACUCGUCGUGUUUUGGCUUCUUGUAGUAUCCGCUAUCCUAAGACUAAUUGUAACAGCUGUUUUACUGCUCAUGGACUGGGUAUGCAGAAUCAAGAAAUGUUGCAUAAAUUGCAAUAAUCCCCAUCGCAGAACACUGUACGCUUUGCAGUUUUUUGCAGAUUUGAUUGGUCUGACGGCUUCCAGUAUCUACACGGCAUACAAUCAAAGCCAAAAGCUGGACGACCCAGUUCCGGGAGAAGAAAUAUGCGGAAGAUUCGGUGCCGCAUUCAUCGUCUCGUGGGUUCUUGGUUCCCAAACAGUCUUCAAAGGACUGUGUCUGUGUCUAUGUGACGACGAGGAAGACAAUGAAAGUGGAGGAGGCGGUGGAGGAAGCGCUCAGACAACCAUGUAACGGGCAAUUAACUGACGAAAAACUUUCCGCAUUCAAAUAACGACUUUUUGUGUUGACCUAUAAAAUACCACAUACGGACAAAUCGCAAGCGAGGAAAAUUUCUGUCACGUCGAGUGUCUUAUUUAUAUAACUGUUCGAUUCACAGCAUCUUCCUACCGCGACCAUGCAAUAUCGCAUGGAAAAUCGCGUGGAUUCGAAAUUUUCAUAUAUAUAUCUCAAUUCCGUAACAGUAACAAAUAAACCCUAUUAAUUAAUUGAUCUGCAUUUAGCAAAUCUUUUUCCAUCGAUGAAAUAUCCACUUUGCUUUUUUACAGUUAUAGAAACUCCUUCCUUCUUUGGCAAAAACGACAAAUAUUAAUUGUAGUCGCUUUACUAUCCGCUGUUUUUAUUUGUUCAUAAUAGAGAUCAAUGCCUGUCAAAAAAAUCCUCAGUCCAUUGGCUGAUUAUCGAUGUUAUAGUUUAGUAAAAUUGCCUUUGCUUAGCAGUUUUGUUAAUAACGUGGAGUUGGUAUGCGCCGUCAAUACUUAUUCCACAUUGUUACAUAUAUUGUAGUGUUCUCCCAUAUGUUUCAUUCUGUUUUAUGUGUAGCUUUUAACUAUGACCGCUUUCAAAUAUUUGAUUAUUAUGUGACCCAUUACUGGUGCCAUGCUGUAUUACAUAUGUAUGUAGAUAUUUUUAUAUGUAUGCAGCAUGUU